AUGUCGGAGCAACCAUCAGCGAAUGGUGACAGCUCUUACCCUGAACUCGACGUGACCAAGCUGCAUUCUCUCCCCUCUGAACAGCAAGACCUCUUCCUCCUCACAUUUACGACCGAUCUCGCUAGACAUGUCUCUGAACUAGAUGCUGAUGGCGCCUCAGCCCAGCAGAUAUACGUCAAGAAAGAGCUAUCAAAAGUCAUCAACCUGUCCGCACCCCCUCUCAAUCGAGUUGUACGAAACAAUCUUGGGCAUACGUUUGCUCAUGUCUUGGGAAAGGGCGAUCGAAAACUGCUCGUCGAAAGUAUCAACGAGCUGGUGGCUAUCCUGAGCGCUGGUGGUAAGACAGAAAGGGAUUUGCGGAGCAAGCAGACAGCGGCACAUUGCCUUGGAUGUGUUUACGAAGCAGCUGGCGAUAGCGCAAUACACCUUGCGACCUUGGCUGUAACCUCUCUACUUCGAUUGCUCAAGACUGCGCAAGGUCAUACCGGUCUUAGGGGUGUCACCUUCAAGGCUCUUGGGAAGAUAUACAAAGGCAUUGGCAAAUCCGCCGACGAGUCCGCCGUACGCGAUGUCUUCAAGCAAGCGAGGAAUGCUGCCUCUAGUGAAAAGUCUCAAUUCGUCCAGGCCAGUGCUUGCUACUGCUUGGAGCAGCUGUUUCGAUGCAAUACCUACCUGGACAACUCGGGAGAUUUUGAGAAGCUGCAAAGCGCCCUUUGGAAAGCCUUCGACAGUAGGUCUCCACACGUGCGGCAUUGUGCAGCUGCCUGUCUAAGCGCAGUCCUGGCGAAGAGCUACUCUGAAAAUCCAUCAAAGGACGCCGUACCCAAAGUCAAGAAACCAAAGAAGUCGAAGAAGAAGACUGAUCUAGAUGGCGAUGAAGGUAGCAUAGAACGGCCCGAGUCACCAGGGCCAACGAAAGAUGUAACACAAUUGUCUUUCAGCAUUGGUGAUAUCCUGCGGAACUUGUCCUCGACGUACUGUAAGCCGGCAACUACCAAUCGCGCGCGCGCAGGCAUAGCGAUAUGCUACCUGAAAACUUUGCGAGAACUUGGAUCUGGUAUCGUGGAAACCAAGUAUGGCGAGAUAGCCUCGCAUUUUCUUGUUGAUCUUUUGAGCUUCCCUAGUAUAAUUUAUUCUCGGCAUCGCUUCUUAAUCACACGCAAGUUCGUCCGAACCAUACUAGAGGCUGUCAUUGGGCGACAAGUUCUGGGAGAAACAGGACAGUUGAACGCCGCAAAAUACCUCGUAAAUGCUAUCCUGAAAGACUAUCCCCAGGCUUUGAAGGAGCGACAAGAGCCAUCGAAGCAGACUCUAACAGGCACGCUCAGUGCCUUGGCCUCGUUACUGAACUCGCUUGGCGCUGCAGCGAGUGGGAUUGCAGAGCUGUGUCGUGAGGCGUUACUGCAAGUCCUUCAACAUCCUAGCUACACUGUGCAAAUUCAUGCUUCAGCCUGCUUGCGAGCGUUCGUUCUGGCAUGCCCACAACAACUUUUACCAUCGGUCACGAUAUGUAUGAAUAGCGUCAACCGUGAACUCAACCUUCUCGCUGGUCCGAGGCAGUCGCCGAGACGCUGUGUCGGGUUUGCGAAUGGUUUGUCUGCCGUCUUGAGUACUUCUACCUUACAGCCACUCUAUGGUUCUGUAGAUGUUAAUUCCCGAGUCUUGUCGCAAGCAACGACUCUGCUCAAGUCGAGUGGAAGUUCCGAUCUCAAGAUAUCAAGUACACAAAUCCAAGUUGCCUGGAUCCUCAUUGGCGGACUGAUGACACUUGGGCCCAGUUUUGUCAAGAUUCAUCUUUCACAGCUGCUGCUUCUAUGGAAGAAUGCCUUGCCGAAACCACUAAACAAGGACAACAUGGUACAGCGAAACCUUCUCGAGUUGAGCUUCUUAGCACAUGUGAGAGAAUGUGCCCUGGGGUCCAUUCUCACCUUUCUUGAGUUCAAUAGCCGUAUAUUGACUGUUGAUGUCACAAAGAGAUUAGCGACUAUGCUUCAAAACAGCACGAUGUUUCUCAACAGUCUUCCAUCGAAGAAAACAACGGAGGACAGCUCCCAGAGGUUGUCACCAGCUCUUCAGCUCCAGGAUUUUGAUCUUAUGGUGCGGCGACGAGUACUACAAUGCUACACAAAAUUAGUUGGCUUGAAUCCAACGGGAAGCAGUGAGGGACUGAUACAAACCAACCUAUUACCUUUUGCAGUAUCAUGCUUUGCAGAUCCCGAUGCGUAUACUCCGAGCUCGCUCAGUACCUCUCUGUCUAGCUCUGCAGGAACUUUCGAGAGCCUAUGGGAUAUAUCGGAUAAUUGCGGUUUCGGGGUCUCGGGAAUGGUUCGUGGAUUCAACAUAAAGCCUCUCCCCGGGCAGCACGAGACAAAGUUUUCAGAUCAUUGGGCCAGCAGGGCCGAUAUAGAGGCUGAGAUAGACCAAACGCUCCUGUCUCCGAUCUGUAGCGCCCGUGAACAUGACUCUGUCACACUUUAUGUAGGAACUGCCGACAGGCCUGUUGAACUCCCUGAGCCGCCUUCUACCGAAGUCGUGAACUCUGCUAUCUGUCUGUUUGCUAUCACUCUACCUCAGCAGAGCGCGAAAAUCCAGGAGAGCAUACUCGAACAGAUAUCCUCCUUUCUCUCCGCUGGCAGUCUCCAACGGGACCCGGCUCGGAAAGCUGCGAUCACGGUCAAUAUCGCACUCGGCAUACUUUCUGCAUUGAAGGUUGCCGUAAAAGAGACACAGUCAGCCCCUGGCGACCUAAAAGGUCCCGCCGUAGAAAAGCUUCUACAGGAAUUCUUACAUGUAUUCAUUGUACACCCCGAUCAAUACACACGGAAUGUUGCUUGCGAGGCGCUGGGACGCCUUUGUAGCAGCUCUGGUACAGCAUUUACAACGAACGAGGUCAACUAUUUGGUCGAUCAGAUUGUUUCUAAUCGUGAACCGCAUGUGCGCGCUGGUUGUGCGAUUGCGCUAGGUUCUAUCCACUCUCAGCUUGGGGGCAUGGCCGCCGGAUAUCAUCUCAAAAAUAUCCUCGGUAUACUGAUGUCCCUCGCAAGUGAUCCUCACCCUACAGUUCACUUCUGGGCUCUGGACAGUCUCUCCAGAGUGGCUGACUCAGCCGGCCUCAGUUUUUCCGGGUACGUCUCGAGCAGUCUGGGUAUGUUAGCUCAGCUUUAUGUUGCCGAUACGCAUAACGAGGAAGGCUCAUCCCUAGCGGGGUCGAAUCUGGAGAUCGAUCUUCCUUCUCAAGCCGCCAUUGCUCGCUGCAUCGACAGCAUCAUCAAUGUCUUGGGGCCGGACCUACAGGAUAUGUCGAAAGCCCGAGACAUGAUAAUGAAUAUAAUUUACCUUUUCCAGCAAGAAAGUGAUAGUUUGGUAUGUUUCGAAGGCCAGCGAUGCCAAGAGCACUUGUCACUCUAUGCCCCGGGAUAUAUGGACUUCAAGGCUUAUGUGCUUUCACUCCAAGAAUCUUUAUCAUCCGACUCAAUACCUCUGAGAGACAUGGCUGUUGACGGGUUGCACAAUCUGAUGAGGCGGAAUGCCACUGAAGUUUUCAAAACGGCUGAUCCUGGUCUUGACGAGCAACUCUGGACUAUCCUGAAUCAGGAUACCGAUCACAAAAGCGUUCGCAGCAUUAUCAGCAACUGGCUUGAUCAAACAGCUCUGACUGAGACUGCGCUAUGGGUACAACGAUGCCACACUAUCCUCUUCAAAAUCGUAAGAAAGGAAGAAAAAUCUAAAAUACAGUCAGCGAAGCCGGCAGAAGGUGUCCCAGAUCUACAGGAUGAAGAAGUUGCUGGCUUCGCUGCAGCUGCUAAUGCUCCAUCAGAAGAGCCCAAUGCUACCGGGGCUGCGUCUCAGGAGUCAUUGAAGUGGCAGGUCCGAACUUUUGCGAUGCAGUGUCUGUUAGAAUUGCUUCGUGUCGUCUCAAAAGACGCUACCAAUAACGAGGACUCGCCUGCUGCACUGGCUUUGCAGCAUAAGGUUGCAGACAUCAUCCGGGUAGCAUUUUCAGCCUCCACGGCUGGUGUCGUGCAGCUACGCAUACAGGGCCUGAAGAUUGUAGAGCAGGUCUUGAAGAUGUUUGGCAAGACUCUGGAUCCCGACUUUCCCGAAGCCACUCUCCUGGAACAGUACCAAGCUCAGAUUGGGUCUGCUCUUACCCCGGCGUUUGCGGCAGAUUCAUCCCCUGAGCUUGCAGCUGAAGCGGUGAAUGUAUGCGCAAGCUUUAUUGCAACUGGCAUCGUCACUGAUGUCGACCGAAUGGGCAGAAUCCUGAAGCUUCUGGUUGCCGCUUUGGAGAACUUUGCUGAAGAGUCCGAGACUGCAGCCAUUGGUGAUCUAAAGGGUCUCAGCUCCAAUGCCCAAGUCAUGGUGAAGAUGUCGGUCUUCUCGGCUUGGGCUGAAUUACAAAUUGCAAGCGCUGAUCAGAAGUACUUGGUUGAUGUUGUCAAGCCCCAUAUUGUAAAACUUACACCCCUGUGGCUAGCUUCACUGCGAGAGUAUGCUCGGUUACGUUUCGAGCCUGACAUCUCUACAUCCACUGGUGGACCGUCUAUGUCAGGCAAUCUUGACACCAUAUAUGCUGCCCUGAAUCGGGAGACUCUAUUGAAGUUCUAUCAACAGGCGUGGCUCAAUCUCGUGGAUGCGAUCGCAAGUCUUAUCGAUGAGGACAGUGAAUUCGUCUUCGACGCCCUAGAUGGAAAGACCGAAGCCACUCCGGGUGAAUCAAAGGAUAAGGCUAUUGAUAUCAAUUAUCGAGACGAACCAGUCGCAUUCUUCUUUGUUUUGUUUGGUCUCGCCUUCGAAGCACUUGUUGGGAGGUCAAGCGACCAACAAGCAUCGAAGUCGCAAAUAAUCGAGAUUCUCCAAGCCAUCAAGAAGAUACUAAGGCCUUCCGUCUCCGGCCAUGCAAUAUAUCAAGAGGUUAUUUUUUCCGAAACCAUGGACUUGAUGGACAGACUUGUCCUAACAGAGGGUCUGAGUGUUCAGUCGGUUAUCGUUGAUAUCGCAAGAAAUCUUUGUAUCGGGCAUCCGUCCGCACGAAAAGGCGCAAGUGCUGCACAUGCUGAAGAGAAUCUCUCGGACGAUAUCGAUCAGCUUUUUGAACUUACAAGAAUCAUCGUCCUCGUGAUUACUGGUCUGCUUCCAAACCUCGCCGAUAGCCAGAGCAAACCUCGCUCAGUAUUAAGUGACGAGGCUGUGGAGCUGCUCGGUCUCGCACUUUCCGCAUUAGCUGACGCAGCAGACGUAUUCCCUACAAUCAUCAAAACCGAUUUACAUGCAUGCAUACUUCACAUAUUCACGACGAUACUCGGCACCGGAUCAUGUCAAGCAGUUGUUGUGCCGCAGUCCCUCCCGAUUCUGAAGCGAUUCUUAGGCAGUCUUAUAAAAGUCGGUCCUCAGCAGAUUGAAGAAACGAAGACUCAAUUGCGUACCAUGCUCAACCGGUUCCUUGCAAUACUCAAAAAUGCACAGAAGCGGGAGUCUGAAGCUGCGCUUCCGUGUGAGAAGAACACCCUUCUUGCGCUUACGAUUGUGUUGAGUUCAAUUUGUCCGCUCAUGGACGCACAAGAUCAUUUGAUCAAACAGAUUAUUGACUGCCUUGGCGACUGUCUCGGCAAUAGACUUACCAGUCUAGUUGCAGCGAACUGUUGCCGGUCGCUCCUCCUAUUACCAAAGAAAAGUUCGGUCGAAUCUGCGAUCGCAGCUCAUCUCAUACCCCACAUCCUAGCCUUCCUGUCGAUUCCGUCAGACGUCGAAGGCCUCGAUGCAAUACGGCCUAUUAUCACACAAACACUUACCUCGUUCGUACCAACACUGCAACGAGCACAAAUAACAAGUGCACUGGCUCUAGUUCUGCCGACAUUACUCGCUCGGGCUAGCAAGGAGGGCGAGGGCACAUACAAAGAAACUGCGAGUCGAUUGCUCGAGCUUGCUGGAUCUGUACAGGCUGAAUUCCGAGGCGUGGUUGGAGGCUUCAGCGCCGAACAGCGGUCUUUUAUGGAAGAGGUCAUAAAGGCAGGAGGAUCAAAGACUGGUGGCCAGCAACAUGUUCGAAGAAAUGAAGAGUCCAACGAGCCUUCGAUCGCACUGAAGAUGAACUUUGGGUCGUAG